AUGGAUAAUACUAGCGUUGAUAGAAGCAACAAGGUAGAUGAUAUCGAUAAAUCAUCUUCCCCUUCUACCGCUAGUAGUAGUGGUACAACAACAACAACAACAGUGAAUGAAAAUAAUAAAGAUGAACAACAACUACGACAACAACCAAAUUCUGUAAAUAAUAAUAAUAACAACAACAAUAAUAAUAAUAAUAGUAAUCCUUCAUCCGUAUCGUCAAAUGUUGUCGAGGAGUCAAUAACAACAACAACAACAACGACGACAACAACAACAACAACAUCAAUACCACAAGAACAACAACAAACGGAUGAUACUACUAAACCAUCAAUGUGUAAAACAACCAAAUGUAUAUUUUAUGGUAAUCCAAAAACAAUUGGAUUAUGUUCAGGUUGUUUUAACAAAUCACCAGAGGCAUUAAAACUACAACAACAACAAAAAGAUGAAAAUGUAUUGACUACGACGACGACAACGAUGGUGGAAUCCACGGCAGUAGGAGAGGCACCUGUUAAUAACAACAACAAUAAUAGCAAUGAUAAAUCUAGAGGAACCAAACGAUCGAUAUAUGACAUUGAAACUGAGAUUUUAACGCUACCGUCAUCACCCAACAAGAAUAGAUAUAAUUCUUCUACCAACAAAAACAAUAAUAACGCAAAUGAUAGUGCUGGAGCAAGCAACUCAACAAAUACAACAACAACAACGACACCAAAUACUUCACCAGAGAAACCAUCUACACCUCCUUCCUCUUCUGGGUCACCUGUAAAAUGCUCAUUCACAGGAUGCAACAAAAAACUUGGCAUCAUGAUGUCUGUUUCAUCCAAGUGUCGAUGUGGAUUGAUAUUUUGUGGAUCACAUAUGAAUAAUCACAAAUGUACAUUUGAUUACAAGUCUCUUGGGAAAUCGAUGAUUGCCAAAGCAAAUCCUCAAAUCGUUGGAACUAAAAUCGUUAAACUAUAA